AGCCUCUGCGUUGCCAGCUAUUUUCAGAGAACAGAAGAAUAUGAUCCAGGCCCAGGAAACCCUGUCAUUCAAGGAUGUGGCCGUGGACUUCACAUGGGAGGAGUGGCAGCUCCUGGCCCCUCCUCAGAAGGACCUGUACCGGGAUGUGAUGCUGGAGAACUAUAGCAACCUGCUGUCCGUGGGGUAUCGAGUCAGCAAGCCAGAUGCACUGUCCAAGUUGGAACGAGGGGAAGAACCAUGGAUGAUAGAAGAUGAAAUCCACAGUCAAACCUGUCCAGAAACUGGCAACGUUGGUAAUCAUCUGCAGGGUGACUGGGAAAAUCAAAGAAUGCUGAAAGGUAUAGAACAAUACCAGGAACAUAAUGCAUUUGGAAAUCCUGUUCCUCAAAGCAAAAGUCAUUUCUCUUUCAGGCAAAAUCAUGAUAUGUUUGAGUUCUAUAUAAAAACUUUGAAAUCACAUUUAAGUUUAGUCAGCCAGGGCCAAAGCUAUGAAAUUAAGAACUCUACUAAAUGUAACGGAGAUGGGAAAUCAUUUCUGCAUGGUAAGCAUGAAGAAUUUCAUUCUCCAGUUCAAUGCCCUGUAAGUGCAAAAUCCAUCAGUAGUAAGUCCCAAGUCAUUAAGCACCAAGGAACUCACAACACAGAGAAAGCCCACAUAUGCAGUGAAUGUGGGAAAGCCUUUGUUAAGAAGUCUCAGCUCACUGACCAUCAGAGAGUUCAUACAGGAGAGAAACCUUAUGGAUGCAGUAUGUGUGCAAAAGUAUUCUCCCGAAAGUCCAGGCUCAAUGAACAUCAGAGAAUUCACAAGAGAGAGAAAUCCUUUAUAUGUGGUGAUUGUGGAAAAGUCUUCACCAUGAAGAGCCGUCUGAUUGAACACCAGCGAACUCACACUGGAGAGAAACCUUACAUAUGCAGUGACUGUGGAAAAGGCUUCCCAGGGAAGCGUAAUCUCAUUGUACAUCAGCGAAAUCAUACUGGAGAGAAAUGCUACGUAUGUAGUGAAUGCGGAAAAGGCUUCACUGGGAAGAGCAUGCUUACUAUACACCAGCGAACUCAUACAGGAGAGAAACCCUACAUCUGCAGUGAAUGUGGGAAAGGCUUUACCACAAAGCACUAUGUCAUCAUACACCAACGAAACCAUACAGGAGAGAAACCCUACAUAUGCAAUGAAUGUGGGAAAGGUUUCACCAUGAAGAGUCGUCUGAUUGAACAUCAGCGAACUCAUACAGGAGAGAAGCCGUAUGUGUGCAAUGAAUGUGGAAAAGGCUUUCCCAGGAAGAAUAAUCUGAUUGUACAUCAGAGAAAUCAUACAGUAGAGAAAUCCUUCGUAUGUGGUGAAUGUGGAAAAGGCUUCACCGUGAAGAGCAUGCUCAUCAUACAUCAACGAACUCACACUGGAGAGAAACCCUACAUCUGCAGUGAAUGUGGGAAAGGCUUCCCGUUGAAGAGUCGGCUUGUUGUGCAUCAGCGAAUGCAUACGGGUGAGAAACCUUAUAGAUGCAGCGAAUGUGGGAAAGGCUUCAUCGUGAAUAGUGGACUGAUGUUACAUCAGCGAACUCACACUGGAGAGAAGCCCUAUAUAUGCAAUAAAUGUGGAAAAGGGUUUGCCUUUAAGAGCAAUCUUGUGGUACAUCAGCGAACUCAUACUGGAGAGAAACCCUUUACAUGCAAUGAGUGUGGAAAAGGCUUCACGAUGAAACGCUAUCUCAUUGUACACCAGCAAAUUCAUAUGGGAGAGAAGUCCUAUAUAUGCAGUGAAUGUGGAAAAGGUUUUGUCAUGGAAACAGAGCUCAUUUUACAUCAGCAAAUUCAUACUGGAGAGAAACCUUAUGCCUGCAAUGAAUGUGGCAGAGGCUUCACUGUGAAAAGCCGUCUAGUCGUUCAUCAGCGAACUCAUACAGGAGAGAAACCUUUUGUAUGCAGUGAAUGUGGAAAAGGCUUCUCCUCAAAGAGGAAUCUCAUUGUCCAUCAGAGAACUCAUAAUGGAAACAAAUCUUAACAAAGCAAUGAAUAUAGUCACACCUACAGGAAGAAAAUAUGCCUUGUCCAAC